AUGAAAAAUUGUAUUAUUCUUAUAAAAAAAAGUAAAGUGAAAAAAAAAGAUAUGACUCACGGUCAAUUACAAGUAACAAUUGUCGAGGGACGAAAGUUAAAAGAUAAAGAUAUUGUAGGCAAAGAUGAUGCUUAUGUUGAAUUAUAUUUGGAUAAAGAUUAUAAACAACGAACAACGACAAUAAAAGAUACGAAUAAUCCAACAUGGAAUGAAUCAUUUACCUUUAAUCUACAAAAACAUCAGGAUGAAUUACAUUUACAUGUUUACGAUGAUGAUGUUGUCGGCCGAGAUUGUAUUGGUUCAUGUAAAAUUAAUUUAAAGAAACAUGUCUUUGGCAAAGGUGUCUACGAUGAUUGGGUAAAGUUACCUGCAGUUUUGGGUUUAGGAAGUCAUGGCGAAAUACACGUGAUCAUUCAACAUACUCCUUAA